AUGAUUGCUCCGACGACCGCCGUACUGGCCUUCGUGCCGCUUUCCCUGGCUCUGACGCUGCCCACAACGCUCCCAUCGACGGCUGGGGAGGUGGCGUCCAGCUACGUCGGUGCCACAACGACCUUCCAGUUUCCGCCCGCCGGUGUUACUCCAGCAUCGCCCGGGAACGACCCGGACUUCCCGGAUGCUUCGGAGGUCGGAUACGCAGGACCCACGCCGACUGGUGAUGAGGCGCUCUCCAUUGAGACUGCGCCCGCUAUCGCCGUGCAUGUGGGCGUUGACCCGGUCGUGCGGCCUGACACAGCCGACAAGAAAGGCUCGAAGUUCGACAUGGUCCGCAGCUGGGGCAGCCUUACUCCGUGGUUCUCGCUCCCGGCGGAUACAUGGGGCCUUCCUGAGUCUUCACCUGUGGUACCGAAGGGUUGCGAGAUCGAACAGGUGCACAUUAUUCACCGCCACGGUGCGCGUUACCCCACGUCCGGCAGUGGCCCAUCCAACUUCGCUGCCAAGUUGCACAACAUCACUGUGAACGGAACUGGCUUCAGCGCCAGUGGUCCUGCGGAGUUCUUGAACACCUGGCAGUUCUCACUUGGUGCGGAGAUUUUGACGCCACUUGGACGUGAGCAGCUAUACGAGCUUGGUGUCAAUGCAAGGGUUCGAUAUGGCGCACUCUUGAAGGGCUUCACUGACCUUCCCGUCUGGCGUACGACAUCUGAAGCACGUAUGGUUGACUCCGCACUUCAGUUCGCGGCUGGGUUCUUCGGAGUCCAAUCGUACCAAACCAGCUAUCACCAGCUCAUUCAGAUCGAAGAAGACGGUUUCAACUCGACGCUGGCACCAUACUAUGACUGCCCGAACUCAAACCUUGACGACAACGGUUAUCUCGGAUACAUUAAGGCGGCUGAGUGGGCGGAUGUAUACGCACCGCCCAUCAUCGAGCGUCUCUCUGGGUACCUUGAUGGCGUUAACCUUACAUCUACCGACAUCGUGGCCAUGCAAGACCUCUGCGCAUACGAGUCAGUCGCGCUCGGAUACUCUAGCUUCUGCGAUCUCUUCACACAGGCAGACUGGGAGGCUUACGAGUAUUGGUACGACUUGGCCUUCUGGUACAGUGACGGCCCUGGUGGCGCGACUACCGCGUCGCAGGGUAUUGGUUACGUCCAGGAGCUCAUCGCACGGUUGACCCAAACGCCUAUCACCACUUUCGACACCACAACCAACGCCACUCUCGAUGGUAGCAACGUGACCUUCCCUCUUAAACAGCCCAUCUUCGUCGAUGCCAGCCACGACACGAUCAUAUCAUCUAUCGCUGUUGCUUUGAAUUUGACGAGCCUGGCCGAGAGUGGCCCUCUGCCUACUGACCAUAUCCAAAAGGACCGCAAAUGGAUCGUCAGCCACGUAGCGCCGUUUGCGACUAACCUCGUCGGCCAGGUCCUUUCGUGCCCGAGCAAGACCAAUGUUACCGCUAGCAACAGCACGGCUACUCACUUCCGCUGGAUCCUCAACGAUGCUGUCGUGCCGCUCACCGGUGUCCAAGGCUGCAAGGAGGACAAGGACGGCCUUUGCGAGCUUGAUGCGUACAUCGAAGGGACCAAGGCCCGUAUCGCGGAGGUCGACUUUGCCUUCGACUGCUUCGCCAACUACACCGUACCCGACCCUGAUUUGAUCGUCGACGGUCGUGCCUCUCCCGUGGUGAAGAGCUAG